CCCCCUCAAACCACCCUCCUUGAACUCAAAGCCCUCCUUGAAACGUGUCUGUCAUCCCUCCCGAGCACGCGCCCAUACCAACGUAAUACAUUCACCUUCACCAACCGUUCCACUGUACUGUAAUGUUCUGAUUGACAUUAUCGGACUCAUCAUCUGUAAAGACAUAGUCAUGUGAUGUCAAUGUUGUAUGAGAGUAACCAAAUGAAUGACCAUACUGUAAUGGCCUGAUAGAUAUUAUCUGACUAAUCAUCAGGAAAGAGAUAGUCAUGCUAAUGUCCAUGUAGGAGAAAUGCCAGGUGAAUUACCAUACUUGUCUUGAUGGCAUCUAUUUUUUAUUUUAUUACCAGGUGAUUCCAUUAAACAAAGGCAAGACCCACAAGGAGAAGGUAUGUCAAGUAAACGUGACGAAAAUGAAUUUGGAGGAAAGGUGCAUCGCUGUAAAAAGAUUUUCAGCCAAAGAAAUGAACCUGCUUACAACUUGAGAUCACAUCGAAUAGGGAACAGAUGUUUCUGCUGUCAGAAAGAACUUAAAUGUGAUGCUCAAAGUCAUAUGAAAGGAAGGCCAAAUGAAUGUUCAUUUUCUUACGAGAAAUUUUCUACGAAAAACCGUCUGUCUCGCCAUCUAUCAAAAAACAGAGAAAAAAAUCCACCUAAAUGUUCAUGUGAGAGUGGAUUUUCUCAGGAGAGGUUUUCAACAAAACAUAAUCAAAGACACAUCAGAGAGGAGUCAUAUAAAUGCUCAUGUGAGAAAGGGUUUUCUAAUAAGAAAUUUCUGACUCAGCAUAUCAGAACGCACACAGGAAAAAAGCUGUAUGAAUGUUCAUUAUGUAAGAAAACAUUUGCUCAAAAGAAUAGUCUGACCAAUCAUAUCAAAACACACAAUGUAGAAAAACCAUUCAAAUGUUCAAUAUGUACAAAAAGAUUUUCUUGGAAGCUUUCUCUGACCCUUCAUCUCAGAACACACACAGGUGAAAAGCCAUUUGAAUGUUCACACUGUGAGAAAAGGUUUGCUCAAAAAGGUAGUCUGAAACUCCAUCUCAGAACACACACAGGAGAAAAGCCAUAUGAAUGUUCACAGUGUAUGAAGAGAUUCUCUUUUAAAUCCUCCCUGACAGAUCACCUGCGAAUACACACGGGGGAAAGGCCGUACGAAUGUUCACACUGUGACAAGAGAUUUACACAGAGAAAACAUCUAACUUACCACCUUAGAACACACACAAAGGAAAAACCAUACAAAUGUCCACAAUGUAAGACAAUGUUUUCUCGGAAAAGUAGUCUGAAAUGCCAUGUCAGAACGCACACUGGAGAAAAGCCAUAUGAAUGUCCACACUGUAUGCAAAGAUUUUCUUAUAAAAGGCCUCUUGACUGUCAUCUGCGAAUACACGCAGGAGAGAGGCUAUAUAAAUGUUCAUUCUGUUACAAGGAAUUUUCUGAGAAAAGUCAUCUGGUUGAUCAUAUUUCAAUACAUACGGAAGAAAAGCCAUAUGAAUGUCCACUUUGUAAGAGGAUGUUUUCUCAACAAAGCAGUCUAACCCUGCAUUUCCGAACACACACAGGAAUGUCACGAAAAAAGCCAUUGGAAUGUUCACACUGUUCGGAAAAAUUUGCUCAAAAGAGGACUCUUGUUAGUCAUUAUCAACAUUGCCAUCAAUCCCAAGUUAUAAAUCCGGUUUUGUCUCAAUGAA